AUGUCAUCUCGUCCAGAGCUGAAAUUUUCAGACAGAAAUGAAGAAUCAUCAUUUGUUCGAUUCUUCAACUCUCUGCCUGCAAAAGACCCUGCCACCGUUCGGGUUUUCGAGCGCACUGAAGGUUACACUGUUCACGGAGAAGAUGCCAAGUACAUUGCUCAGACCGUGUAUCGAACGACGUCUGUACUAAAAUAUAUUGGGGGUGAUUCUAAUCAUGGGUUGGCUUCUUGUACGCUAUCUGUUAUUGUGUUCAAGAACUUUUUGAAAGAUGCUCUUCUAUCUAAAGCUUUGAAAGUCGAUAUCUACACCCCUGUUAAGGGAGCAGGUAGAAAUUCAACCAGUCAAUGGAAUCUCUCUAAACACGCCUCUCCUGGUAAUCUACAAGCUGUUGAAGAUUUGAUUACAAUAGAUCAGAAAGCUGUAGUUAUUGCUGUUAAAGUGGUUACCAAAGCGGAUCAACGUACAGUGGGAGCUAGUUUUGUAGACGCCUCUGCUCGUGAACUAGGCACCUCGGAAUUCCCCGACAACGAGCUUUUCUCCAAUCUUGAGUCUCUUGUUAUCCAGUUAGGUGCCAAGGAAUGUGUACUUCCUAAAAAUGAAAACCAAAAAGAUCCUGACUUGCUUAAAAUCAGAGAUAUGGUAGAUCGUUGUGGGCUGGUUAUCACUGAGCAGGCCACAUCGAACUUUAAUGGUAAAGACACUGAACAAGACUUAACUCGUUUACUGAAAGUCAGCGAUGAUGAGGAAAAUAAUGAGGGUGAAGAGGGCAAUUCAAAUGAUGGUAUUGCUUCUUUUGUGGAUACGAAUAAUACACCUGUUUCUUUGAGCCCACAGUUGAACCAGACUGUGGCCAUGGGUGCGACCGCUGCCCUUAUUAAAUACCUACAGCUUAUGACCGACCCAGAGAAUUACGGCAAGUAUCGUCUUAUCCAACACGAUUUGAGCCAGUAUAUGAGGCUCGAUACAUCUGCUUUAAAAGCUCUUAAUCUCAUGCCUGGGCCGAGAGAUGGUGCAAAGUCAAUGAGUUUGUUUGGUCUCCUUAACCGCUGUAAGACGAUGGCUGGUACAAGGCUUUUGGGCCAGUGGCUUAAACAGCCACUAAUGGAUGUAAACGCCAUUAGGGCCCGUCAUCUUUUGGUAGAGAUCAUGAUGAACGACACUGGCUUACGUCAAUCAUUACAGGAAGACCAUUUGCAAGUUGUACCAGAUUUAGGAAGAUUGGUACGCAAGUUUCAAAAGGGUACUGCAAACCUCGAGGAUGUGGUGAGAGUUUAUCAGCUCGUUAUUAGACUACCUGAUUUCAUUGAUGUUUUGAGUAAUGUUAGAGACGAUGAAAGCAACUCUUACAGCAAGAUUAUUGAAGAGACAUACACAGCUUCGUUAAGGAAAUAUCAGGCUAAUUUAGAAAAAUUACAGGAGUUGGUUGAAACAACAGUCGAUUUAGCUGCUUUGGAUCGUCAUGAAUUUAUUAUCAAGCCCGAUUUUGACGAUAGAUUGAAGGAAAUUCGCAAUCGUUUAGAUGAUCUUAGAACAGAAAUCGCAAAUGAACAUAUACACGCUGGUGAUGACCUUGGAAUGGAACCAGAAAAGAAGCUCAAACUUGAACAGCAUCAUAUCUAUGGUUGGUGUAUGAGACUUACAAGAACAGACUCCGGGUGUCUGAGAACCAGCCGUGGAUAUGUCGAGCUGUCAACUCAAAAAGCAGGCGUCUAUUUCUAUUCAUUUAAGAUGAAGCAGUUUAAUGAAGAGUACACGGAACUUGACACUGAGUAUCGACGAACCCAAUCCUCGCUGGUUCGAGAAGUCGUCAAUAUCGCUGCUACCUACUGUACCGUUCUCGAGAGCCUGUCUACAGUUCUUGCACAUUUGGAUCUCAUUGUCAGCUUUGCCCAUGUAUCAGCAUUUGCUCCUUCACCAUAUGUCAGACCAAAGAUGCACGAGCGUCACAGUGGUAAUACAAUCCUUAGACAAGCUCGACACCCAUGUAUGGAAGUUCAAGAUGAAGUUACAUUUAUUCCUAAUGAUGUGGAGCUCAUCCGAGGAGAAUCAGACUUUUUGAUCAUUACUGGACCCAACAUGGGUGGUAAAUCCACUUAUAUCCGUCAAAUCGGUGUUAUUGCCCUCAUGGCACAGAUUGGCUGCUUUGUUCCUUGUGCUGAAGCCGAACUGACAAUCUUUGACAGUAUUCUUGCCCGUGUAGGUGCUGGCGACUCGCAAUUAAAGGGUGUUUCUACUUUUAUGGCUGAGAUGCUUGAAACCGCUACUAUUCUCAAGAGUGCGACUAGAGAAAGUCUUAUUGUAAUUGAUGAGUUGGGACGUGGAACUAGUACGUAUGACGGUUUUGGUCUUGCCUGGGCCAUUUCAGAGUAUAUUGUCAAAAAUAUUGGAUGCUUUGCCAUGUUUGCAACCCAUUUCCAUGAAUUGACUGCGUUGGCUGAUAACCACCCAGGGGUCUGUAAUUUGCAUGUUGUUGCACAUGUCGAGGAUGAUACCACUUCGCCAGAUAGUGAUAUUACUUUGCUUUAUAAGGUUGAGAAAGGUAUAAGCGACCAAUCAUUUGGUAUCCACGUUGCUGAGGUCGUGAAGUUCCCACCAAAGGUUGUAAAAAUGGCAAAACGCAAAGCUAAUGAGCUUGAGGAUUAUGAAGGUGAUGACAAUGAUGAGGUAUUGAAGAAAGCAACUAAGAAGUUCUCCACCGAUCAGAUCAAUCAAGGCAACAAAUUAAUGAGAGAAAUUCUUACCAAAUGGCGCAAGUCUGUAGACAGCGAUGAAGAGACGAGUGCUUCUUUAGAAAAACUAAGAUCCCUUAUUUCCACCGAGUAUGAAGAUAAGUUCAAGUCUGAUCCUUACAUUCAGGAAAUAGUAUCUCAACUAUGA